UUUAAAUCAUCAAAACAUAUUUAUCAAAUAAAAUCCAAAGAAAAAAAACAAAAAAUAAAUAAAAAAUAAAGAUGGCAAAGGUUGCGAUUUUCGUUUUGGCUCUCGCAUUGGUACUUUUCGUGUCAACUCAUUCAGUUGUUAGCGAAGAAAGCUCAAAUCCAAGCAUUUAUGAACAAAUCGACAAGGCAGCUGAGGAAGUGAAGGGGGUCGUCCAUGAAGCCAAAGCCACUGAUUCUAAUGAAAAGAAGGAGGAAACUACCGCUUCACCGGAAACCGCAAAGAAAAAUCAAGGCGAUGGCUCCAGCGCAACAUGGGGUACUUGGUUCAAGAAUAAAUUAGGGGGCAUUGAAGAAUUAAUUUCAGGAAACUCGCAACAAAAACCAUCAUCAGCAGGAGGGCCCGCACAGGCACCAUCUCCAAACGCUGGUUCUGCAAAAGCACCCUCAACGAAGUCCAAUUAAGAUUUAGCUUCAAGACACCAAAUGUGGUUCAUCCUUCCAUUUUCUUUAUUUUUGGAGGGAUCGAUGUUCACUAUAUCUGAUAGAAGCCAACUUAAGAGAUUCUUAAGAAGUAGGAAUAUGACUAUUUUCUUGAGAAUCAGAUGAUUUUUCUAGAUUCUCAUACAUUUAUUUAUAAUACAUCUCAAAUUGUAACUGAUUACAUAUAUUUAUGGUAUGAAUAUUGACUAUCAAUGCCGAGCAAGAAUCUUAGCAAUUAA